AUGGGUUUGAAAGCUUUGUUGGUUGCAAUUAUUGUUGUUAACAUGGUUAUUGUUCCAACUAUGUCAACAGACCAUUUUGUUGGGGAUGAUCAAGGUUGGAAACUUAAAUUUGACUACAAUGCAUGGGCUGAGAGUAAAGAGUUUCAUGUUGGAGAUAAACUCAUAUUUAAGUACAAGGAAGGAGCACACAAUGUAUACAGAGCAGAUCUAGCUGCCUUCCAAAGCUGUGUACCUGGUGCGAAUGUUGAACCCUUAACUUCGGGAAAUGAUGUGAUUGAUUUGAAAACUCCGGGAAAAAAAUGGUAUUUUUGUGGAAUUAAUAAUCACUGCGAACAAGGGAUGAAGGUUUCCGUUAACGUUCUAGAGGCUAAAGAUGGUUCAUCAUCAUCAGCCUCUAGGCUUAGUACUCUUAAUUCUGCAUUUGUUGCUGCAUUUGUCAUGUUCUUGAUUGUUAUUGCUUAA